AUGGCCGCCACAACUACGAUCCAGGUCCCCCACCUCGGCGGCAUCACGGCCGGCUACCGUCUGUCCGGGGACAAGGUCGACCCCGCCAAGCCCACCGUCGUGCUCAUCAACUCCAUGUGCACCACCGUCUCCCUCUACGAUGCUCAGUUCAACAGCAAGACGUUGACCGAUGCUGUCAACCUGCUGGCUAUUGAGCCUCUCGGCCACGGCUCCACCAGCUGCCCGGCCGAGCACUUCACCUACUGGGACACGGCCAUCAUGGCCCUGCAGGUGAUGGACAAACUCGGCGUCGAGAAGGCCUUCGCUCUCGGCACUUCUCAGGGCGGCUGGAUGGUCACCCGCAUGGCGCUUUUGGCUCCCGAGAGAAUCCUGGGUCUCUUGCCCUUGGGCACAUCCAUGGACUACGAGUCAGCCGACUCUCGCGGCAAGGGCUGCUGGGACCCCAAGGCUCAGCUGCUGGCCUUCUACGACGCCUGGUCCAGCCCUGUCCCGACGCCUGACUUCCUCGUCGACGACAUCUGGUGCGGUAUGGUCGGCAGCUUGGGCUUCUCUGGCACCGUGCCUCCUGAGACCCUGGCUUUCUGGACCAACACCCUCAAGUCUGUCUACAAGGGCGACGAGGGCCGCAAGAAGCUCAAGAUUGCCCUUGGUAACCUUCUGUCCCGCGAUGGUCUCCUGCUGAGACUCAGGGAUAUCAAGUGCCCUGUCUACUGGCUCCAGGGUACCGCUGACCCCGUCUUUGGCGUCAACAUUCCGGUCGAGCAGAUCAAGCUCUUCACCGCGUCGCCGGAGGCAACUCUUACGAUGGUUGAGGGCGGUGGUCACUACCUCAACGCCACGAGCCCCAAGGAGGUUGAGGAGGCUCUGCUCACCAUGGUCAAGAAGUAUGCUUAA